CUUUCUCUAUUUAAAAUAUAGAUCAAUUGCAUCUCUAUAAACUUAUAUUUCACUAAUUUGUUAUGUUCUAUUUCCUGUUUCGUUACUUUUUUUUUUUUUUUUUGCGUUGAAUUCUCCUUUCUAGCAAUUUUAUUUUGUGCGUGCGCCUCGUUGAUUAGUUGUUUUACUGUAACUUUCGACAUGGAAUAUUUUGUCUAAAUCAAUUGAACAAUAGAGAUUUUUUUCUUUGGGGGGGGUAAAAGUCUUAUUUUAUGCAUUUGAGUUUUGUUUUUUUAUGUAUAAUACUUAAUGCAUUACUAUUCUAUUUAAAAUAGUUUUUAUCUCAUAAAGUGAAAUAAUUAGUGAUGCUGAUCUAAUAGUUUAUAGUUGAUAGGAUAAUUAUGAGUACCAGUUAGUAGUGGAUGCAGGUUUUAGCUUAAGCAAAUCCGAUGAAUCUUUUAAUAGUGAUAGUUAUAGAUACUAGCAGCAGUGAACACGGAUUUGUUUAAAAUCUUUCGAAUGUGGAGGCAAGUUCUAUUGAAAUGGGCUUCUUAUAUGUUUGCUUUGGGAAAGGACUGCAUUUUUCUUUCUAUUAAGUGGUCAUUUUUUUUAGUCUGUUGGAGAUGAGCAUUGAAUUUUGUUAUCUUAUUUAUGGAGUCAGCAAGCAUCUGAGACAUUAAUUAUUCUCUUCAAAGAAGUGUCAAGGUUAGGAAAGAAGAACUUAUUUAAUUGUUUCAGAUUUCUCUGUCCUGGGGGUUUGUAUAAUCACAUCUAAUUUGAAAUUUUACUUACUAACCAAUUGUUGAUUGUUCAAUUUUUUGGAAUAGUGUUUGGAGUUUUUUUUUUUUUAUUUUAAUUUUGUGGAGUUAGUAAGGACGCGAGAUAUUUAAUUAUUCUAUUUGAAUAGUUAGUGCAUUUAAAGUUAAAGAAAAACUGUAGAAUCUUUAAUGUAUUCCAAAUUUGUGUCUUCGGAUCUGCAUUUCAAAUCUAAUCUGGGAUGGGCUGGAAUUCUGUUAAAUGGCCAAGUUUAUACAUAGACCACUUAAAUGCCCCAUUUUGUGAAACAGAAAUGUUAUGGGAGGGAAUUUUAAGAAUGAAAUUACUUUUGUCGUAUAUAUCUCACUGAAACUUAAUAGAUAUGAGCCAUAGUCAUGUUAUGGGAGGGAAUUUUAAGAAUGAAAUUACUUUUUCCGUAUAUAUCUCACUGAAAUUUAAUAGAUAUGAGCGAUAGUCACAUGCCCUGUCAUGUGGCUUAGUCACAAUUGAAUUUUCAUUAGUAUUUAUACUCGGUUAUUCUGGUUAGCUUUCUGGAUAUUGAUAUGCAAUCUCCAAGGAUUUUUGAGGUGAAAUCAACCAGUUCAAUUUUAUGCUACUUGGAAUGCAUACUCUUUAUAUUUUUGUUAUUGCCUUUUGCCUCUCUGGUGAUUAGCAUCUUUAGGCGUAAUAUUACUCAAGAUCUCGUUCUUUUAUCUUUUAUUCUUUUCUUCUUUGUUGAUGCAUGUAGCUAGGCUGCUAGAGACACAUCCUGAACUGUGCAGAUACUGAAUAUAAUUCUUCUACUUUUAAAGGGGAAAGGUAGUAGAAGACUUGCUCAGAAUUUCAGUAAAAAAAAAAAAGGAAGUAUGCAAGCAUGUUGAAGGAGAAAAGAAUUGCUAAACAUUCAAUAUUUGAAAAUUGCCUAUGAGGCUACUAUGCUUGCUCGACUUUCAGAUUUUGUAUGUUGUAAUUUGGGAUCAAUGGACCUGAACAUUUGGCCCCUGACGUUAACCAUCCUAUGUUUAUGUCAAGAAAUUGCUUUAAUGCUUGUAUAUCAAGUUGUUUGGUAUUCAUAUUUGAUUCUUGUCUGCGACUUAUCAGUCACAUGGCAGCUACAGGAUCUGGGUGCUUGCUUAUUUGAUUUCUUGUCUCAAACCAUUGACAAAGUGAAUAGAAGAGUGAGCAUGGAUCUGAAUCCCAUUAAGGAUGCAUUUGAUCGUGUUGCAAAGAAGCAAAAGCUAUCCAGUUCUAAAGCUCAAGAAGUGAUUGACCAGAUCAUGCAAGAAAUUGAGAAGGCACAGGAAAUCAUACGGUCUGGAUAUGAUAGCUCUGAAUUUGAUUGUAAAUUGGUUAUCAGUGAACUUAAUAAAAGGCUGCAAGAAAUUUCUCCUCUUAGUCAGCUGGAAAGUACACAGAAGGAACUCAAUGUAGCCCUGAGCAAAUACCCGAAGCAGCUCGAGAAAUCCUUCAACCCAGAUAUAUCCAAGGCUUACAGGAACAUAAACUUUGAUAUCCACACUGUCAACCAGAUAAUUGCAGGCCAUUUCUACCGGCAGGGCCUGUUUAGUAUUGGUGAUUGCUUCAUCAAUGAGGCCAAGGAGCCAGAAUCUACUGCUGCUAUGAGAUCCCCUUUUUCAGAAAUGUAUAUAAUAUUAGAAGCUAUGAAAGAUCGAAAUCUAGAACCUGCUUUGAAGUGGGCUGCUGCCAAUUCUGAUAAGCUCAAAGAAAGUGGUUCGGAUCUUCAGCUGAAACUUCAUCGGUUGCAGUUUGUGGAAAUACUGCAAAAUGGCAGCAGAAGCGAUGCUCUCACAUAUGUCAGAACUCAUAUUACUCCUUUUGCUUCUAGUAGUUUUGGUGAAAUUCAGAAGCUCAUGGCUUGUCUCCUGUAUGCUGGAAAGCUUGAUCGCUCCCCAUAUGCUGAAUUACUGUCUGCCGCCAAUUGGAACAUAGUGGCUGAGGAGCUAACCAGACAAUUCUGCAAUCUUCUGGGGCAGUCAUUUGAGAGCCCAUUGAGUGUGACAAUAGCUGCAGGGUUUCAAGGUUUACCACCUCUUUUGAAGUUUAUGACCCUGAUGGCUGGAAAGAAACAGGAGUGGCAGACAAUGAAGCAGCCAGUGCCAGUGGAGCUGAACAGAGAGUUUCAGUUCCAUUCCAUCUUUGUAUGCCCAGUAUCUAAGGAGCAAUCGACUGAUGAGAACCCGCCAAUGUUGAUGUCUUGUGGCCAUGUGCUGUGCAAGCAAUCUAUCAAUAAGAUGUCAAAGAACAGCACCAAAACUUUUAAGUGCCCCUACUGUCCAUCUGAUAUUGAUGCUACACAGUGUAGGCAGCUACAUUUCUGAUAUGUGUUUAUAUGUACAUUGAGUCGUAUCAAACUCUUUCCUACUCUUCCUUUAAAUUGUAUGAAAAGGUGUAGAAACUGGUGGUGAUGUGUUCUGGAGCCAAGGAUAUGGUGGUACUGGCAAACCUGAACUGUUGUGUAAUGUUUCUUGAUGCAUUUGUUGUAAAUAGAUAUUCUUUCCAGA